CGCCACCCUGUUUUCUGUUAGAAGCGUGCGUAGAAGAAGAAGAAGACCACCCCGGGCGGGAAAUGUUUUGGAAACGAAAGAGUUAAGGAGUUUAUAGCUUCAGAUCGAUGUCUUCUCUCCCACACGUCGCCAUGAACAAAUGAAUUCGCGAGGAAUUAAAUAUCAGUUUCACAAAGGAGAACGAGUUCUGUGUUUCGAACCCGACCCUAGCAAGGCUAAAGUGCUAUAUGACGCAAAGGUCCUAGAUGUGUUGAUCGGUACAGACGAACAUGGAAGAAGAGUCCCAAAGUACCUGAUUCACUUCAACGGUUGGAGCAGAAGCUGGGAUCGUUGGGCCGCAGAAGAUCAUGUCCUAAGGGACACAGAAGAAAACCGAAAAUUGCAGCGGAAACUGGCUCGUAAAGCUCUGGGUCGCAUGAAGAGAAAAGGAUGGACGAAGAGGCGCCGUCGUCAGUCUGGCACUAAGUCCUCUCUGAAGACUCUCCCUAAGGAGGACGACAGCGACGAUGCAUGUCUGAUCUCAACCUCAGAGAGCAGCGAGGGCGACGACUCUGACCCCGACUCUUCGAACAGCGGGGACAGCACUUUCUCAGAGGACAUUAACAAGAUGAGGGUCGAGCCGGAGCUGAACAUUAAGAGGGAGUGCGAAGAGAAAGCGGUCCACGUGGACAUCAGCAUCCCGGACGUCCUGAAGAAGAAGCUGGAGGACGACUGCUUCUACAUCAACAAGAGGAAAAAGCUCGUCAUGGUUCCCUGCCAGACCAACGUGGUGCACAUCCUGGAGUCCUACGUCAAACACUUCACCAUCAACAAAGCCUUCAUGGCCAACGAGCGCUACCGCCGCCAGCAGAGCGCCACGCAGAGCAGCUCGCCACAGCCCACUCCCCCAGAGAAGAGUGAGGAGCUGUGUAAAGAGAUGGUCGACGGUCUGAGGAUCACCUUCGACUUCACUUUACCCAUGAUCCUCCUCUACCCCAGCGAGCAAGCCCAGUUCAAGAAGGUCAGCUCCUCCCGGCUCUUCCUCACCAUGAGGGAGGGCUCCCCGUGCUCCAGCAGCUUCCAGCGAGAGCGCAGCCCCAGUCCGCCCGUACACAACCCGCCCACGCCGCAGUCCACCGACAGCCAGCCCACGCUGAGCGACACGUCCGCCACCACGCCCACCGCCCCGGCCCCCACCCCCAAGCGGAGACGCCACCCGGACAUGGACUGCAUCUCCUUCCAGUCGCAGUCGCAGUCCCAGUCGCUCAGACGCUCCACCAGGAACAUGUCAGGAGGGGACCGGCCUGCAGAGGGCAGCAGCGGAGGAGGAGGAAGUGCUGCAGCGUCUCCGCAGCUCAAACGGCGAGCAGUCGAACCCUCAUCACAGCCCAAGUUCUUCCUGAACCUCGAUAAAAAAACCCCGGUGCACAGCGGCUCGUCGUCCCCGUUGCCCCUGACGCCCAGCAAAGAGCGAGGCGGGCCGUUCUACGGCCUGGAGAGCCGCAGAAACAACGAGCUGAACGAGGUCCUGAGCUGGAAGCUGACGCCGGAUAACUACCCUCUGAACGACCAGCCUCCCCCGCCCUCCUACCUGUACGGAUCGCAGCACCUCCUGCGGCUCUUCGUGAAGCUUCCAGAGAUACUCGGAAAAAUGCAAAUCCCGGAGAGAAACCUGCGAACGCUCAUCAAACAUCUGGAAGUCUUUCUGCGGUUUCUGGCCGAGUUCCACGAGGACUUCUUUCCCGAGUCUGCGUACGUGUCGGCGUCCGAGGCCUACUACAGCAUGAAACAGCCCAGACCGGUUUACUGAUGCCUCCCUCCUCUUCCUCGUCUCUUAAAUCCCCGGCUCCGUGCUUCUAGGAAUAAACGCCGGCUCUCCUUUCCCUUUCCUUUCCUGCUCCCGUCUGACCGACGCUCUCCUGAUGCUGUGGAGCUCUGACUUCUGCAUGCCGGGCCUGAUCUUUCUUAGAACUCCUGACUACUUCACCUGCUCUGCUGCAGUCUGCCUGUUAUGGAAUUUGACGAAUUAUCCAGAAGAUUCUGGAUUCUCUGGAGCUUCCAUCUCGUCUAAGGAGUGACUUCUCCUCCUCUUGGAUUCUAAUUAGACUAAAAACGUUUCCUUUUCUCUCUCUAAAAGUUCUUCUUCUGAAUUCCUCGUCCUGAAGCCAGACUCUAACGGCAUUGGCAGCAAUGUUCAGCAUUUUGCUGUUGAGGAAAUGAAGCCAAAUGUUGACUUUCAAACACAUAAGUUAAAUUGUUUGUGUUGUUUACAUAUUUCCAGAGGUUUACAUUAUCAAGUAUGUGUGAGUGCUGAAUGAAACUUAUCUGAUGUAAAUAAAAGCAUUAGUUUUCACUUA